AUAUAUAUAUAUAUAUAUAUAUAUAUAUCUUUAGACAAGUUUUCACUGCUUCAAUUCGUUCGAUGUUUUCAAGACCAUGCUAAAUAAUUUGUCUAUCAAGUUUUGUUAAUUACAAAUUGAAGUAAGAAAAAUAAUGUCUGCAGGAAUAGAACGUCCAGCUUCGAUGCUCUUUCAGGAUAGUCAAUAUAAUUGGACGGAUGAUUUGCCAGUCUGCAAACAAUCUGGAGUAGGCUUUUCUACUAAUCAGAUUUAUCGAGAAGAUGGAUAUCGACAAGAGGAGCAUCCAUUUGAGGAUCGCAGUUUUCAUUGCAGAUAUGACGACACUACAUUUCUUUAUGCGGUAUUUGAUGGUCAUGAAGGCACUAAAGCAGCCAAUUUUGCUAUGCAAAGAGUGGCUGCAGAAAUCUUACUUGGGCAAUUGAAUGGUAAAUCAAGUGAUGAGGAAGUGAAGGAAGUUCUUCGACAGGCAUUUAUAGCAGUUGAAAAAGGAUAUCUGGAAUCAAUUGGUGAUUUGUUAGCGGAACGGGCUAGUCUACAGUUUGACAUACCUGAUGGACUUAAUUCUUAUGAGACCUAUCAAAAAUUUCCAGACUUGGUUGACAAGCUAAAUGCGAUAAAUUGCGAACUGUCAUCUGGAACCAGCGCUGUGGUUGCCUUAGUUUAUAGAGGAAAACUGUAUGUCGCGAAUGUGGGUGAUAGCAGGGCACUAUUGUGCAAAACAGACAGCAAUCAAGUUUUACGAGUCAUACAAUUAAGCGUGGAUCAUGAUUUGAGGAACGAAGACGAGCUUUUGAGAUUAUCGCAACUAGGCUUGGACACUGAAUCAAUCAGGCAAGGUUCUCAUCUUGGAAAUCAGGAGAACACGCGCUGCCUUGGCAACUAUCUUGUCAAGGGAGGAUACAGAGAGUUUGAAGAGUUAGCAGCUUCUGUGGCGGAACCGAUUAUUGCCGAACCGGAGAUUCAUGGUAGUAUUGAGCUGGACGAUUCCUGCAGAUUUCUAUUGCUCAUGUCACGCGGCCUGUACAAAUCGUUAGAGGAAGCGACCGGUACCGAUCAAGUCAACAAGGAAUUAGCUUUGAUAGCCGUCGAACAGUUUCGAGUACAAUCAACUUUAACCGGCGUCGCCCAGGCGGUGGUCGACAAAGUUGUGAGAAUCCAUCAUGAUGUGAAUAUGAGUAACACGCAAAACACCAUGAUCACCAGUAAACGUGACGACAUAACUCUCCUGUACAGACCGCGCCGAUCAGUAUACCGGACGAGGAUCUCUCAAGUACUAGCACCGGCAUCACCGAUGAUAACUUUAACACAUCGACGACUGAGACAUCAACGACGUCGGACAUGUAUCAGCCUGGUGCCAGAAUAACAGACCGAAAUGCCAGAAUCAAGCCUUAUGUAGAUUUCUCGGAGUAUUAUGAGAACGUUGAGAAGAGAAGAAAAGAGGGAACUCUGCCGGAAGGUAUAGAUUUCUAACAUGUUUAGUUUAUUUCUUGUAAAUAAGUAAUAAUAUUUAAACUGGCUAGAUUGAUAUUGCAAUCAUUUAACAUAUAGCAUGAACAUUUCUAUGAUUGCAAUAUGUAUAUUUUUAAUGAACUUCUGAACAAAAAUUCAUUUAUAUAUUAAAGAAUAAAAUUUAUAACACAACAUCACAAGUCUUUUCAGCAAAAUAUAUUUAUGAUUUUUCCAUAAAUUUACUUAAUACUUAAUUUUCACUUAAUUUAAUUAAAAUGUUUGUUAUGUUUCAAAGAUAAUACUA